CUUAUAUUAUAUUAAAUCAUAUAUUAAUUUUAAAUCAUUUUCGCAUAUCGCUCGGAUUUACGACUAAUCUAUAAUAAUAUUAUUAUGGAAAUAAAAAUAUUAUUCCCUGCUAUAUUGGACUCCUCCUAAUUAGAGCAAGUCAAUUAACACUGCCAUUAUACAUAGAAUACAAGGUUUAUUUUAUUUUCUUUCUUUCAAUUACAUGCUUGCUUCUUGUAUGUCACCACCAAUCAGCUUCUUAGAUCAAUCUGGACGAUUAUGUGCAAAAACGCCCCGUUUUGACACGCUAGUUUUUCCACUCACUUCAAGUGCUCCUUUUUGCUUUGACUCAGUCCAACAAGUCCAGCCCAUCAUUGAUUAAAGUAAAAAUAUAAAAUAAUCUAAAACUUACGUAAAAAAUAUAAAUAUAUAUAUUUUUUAAAAGAGAUGAUAUUACAGUGAACCAUAAAUGGUGCAUCCAUAAAUAGCAACAACGCUUGUUAUGUUAUCAUUGUUAUGAAUCCGCACGCCAAAUCCAUGGGACGUGCAUAAACUUCUUGUGAUCCAGUACACACAAAAGAAAGAGCCCAAGACUACAAUGGCGAUCUCUCUCCAAACAGUAAACACACACACACACACACUCUCUCUCUGUGUAGCGUUUCCAUAAGCUUACUGUUCUCUUCUAGUUGAGAGUGACAGAGUGUAUGUUCAUGGAACCCGACCACUCAAAAGUGCAGGCGCUAGCGCAAAAGCUUCUGUUUCAUUUACUCUGACUCGGAGCUGGUGGAAAUUCAACCAUGACUUCUCAAGGCGGGAGAGAAGAGCACAGUCCAGUGAAAUCUCCACAUUUCUUCAAGAUAAUUCCUCCUGAUUCUCUGCGAGAUGGGAAGCUGAGGAUUCCAACAAGGUUUAUAAGGAGAUAUGGAGAAAGCCUGUCAAACCUAGCAUUGAUUAAGCUUCCAAAUGGUGCAGAAUGGAAACUAGAGUUGGCAAAAUGUGAUGGUAAGGUUUGGUUAAAGAAGGGCUGGCGAGAAUUCAUGGAGUAUAGUUCUCUAAAGCAGGGGCACUUGCUGGUUUUCAGAUAUGAAGGAAAGUCUCACUUUUGUGUUCUCCUGUUUGAUGAGAGUGCAACAGAAAUAGAUUAUCCAUUUAAUAGCUCCCCUGGUGAGGACCUGAAAAUUCAUGAAAAGUUUCCAGUUUCUAGGAUGGAAGAAAUGGAGAGUGACAUUUCUGUUGAAAGAUUGGAUGACUUUCCAGCAUACCCAAAAACAAGGGAGAAAUCACCAUUGUCAUGUCCUCGUCCUCGCAAGAUGAUGAGGACAAAUUCAAGUGCUCAGAUUAGGAGUACUGCCAAUCUUUCAAGGUUGGUUCCUCACUCUACAAAAAAUAAAUUGAAAGAGGCAAACCUCAAGAAAUCAAAAGGGCAAGCGAAAUUUCAUUCCACCAUGCAGGAGUUUGAAGGUGUUGAAGGUAUUUAUACUACCAAGAAACCCCCAAAAUCUGAGGUGCUUAGAAGGAUUCCAAAAAUGACUACUGAUGAAAAAGCCAAAGAUCUUCAGAAAGCAAGAGGCGUUAAACCUGAAAAUCCUCAUUUCGAUGUUGUCAUGCAAGCCUCAUACGUUCGUUUUGGGCGCGUGAGUAUACCAUCAGGAUUUGCAAAGAGACAUUUAAAUAAGAAAUGCGAUGAUAUCAUCCUUCGGCUUUCAGAUGGGAGAAGAUGGUCUGUUGGGUUCAAUUUCAACAGGCGUGCUGCAUGCCAAUUUGGAGGUGGUUGGAAGGAAUUUGUACAAGACAAUAAUCUGGUUGUAGGUGACGUUUGUUCAUUUGAACUUAUUAAGGGCAUUAAACUUUCUUUCCAAGUGGUGAUUUUCCGUGCCACUGAAGAACAUUGCCCAAAAUUGCCAGAAUCUGAGAGUGAUAGUUCUCUCGAAAUCUUGGAUGACUUUCCAGCAUACCCAAAAAUGAGCGAGAAAUCACCGCUAUCAUGUCCUCAGCCUCACAAGAUGAAGAGGAUGAAUCCAAGUGCUAAGACUGGGAAUACUCUGUCAAGGUUGGUCCCUCAUUGUACACAAAAUCAAUGCAAAGAGGCAAAGCUUGAGAAGUUUAAAGGACAAGCGAAUUUGCAUUCUACCAAGCAAGAUUGUGAAGGUGUAGAAGGCAUUUCUGCCGCCGAUCGAUGCCCGGAAUCUAAGGUUCCUAGAAGGACUCAAACAAUCAAUGAAAAAUCUAGUGCUCUUCAGAAAGCAAGUGGCUUUAAACCUGAAAAUCCUUAUUUCUUGGUUGUCAUGCUGCCAUCAUAUUUGCGUUGUGCAUUAAAAUCGGCCGGACUAAGUAGCUUUCUUAACAUUAAAAGUGGACAGAUAGUGAUGCUUCAGGUUGAGGAAAAAUCAUGGCCAGUGAAGUUUAAUAGCUAUCCACAUUGGUCAUACGCUGUCUUGUCUGCCGGUUGGCGUACCUUUGUGGCAGAUAACAGUCUGCAAGUGGGAGAUGUUUGUGUCUUUGAGCUGAUUAAGAGUGAUGAUGUUAUGCUGAAAGUCUCCAUUUUUAGAUGCCCCAGUAAUCCUUUUGGGGGCUAAUAUUGAUUCGUCUUUAGUUAUUUUCAGACCUCUUCUUCUGCCUUUUAGUACAGAUAGUUAUCUUCUUGUCUGUUCUAAGUUCUUUUCCAAAAUGACUUUCCUUGAGGUAGAUUGGGUAUCUUUUGGACUGUAAUUCCAUAGUUUUUGGAAGAAUUUUGACAGAUUUGGAAUUGAUGAUUGCCUUGCGUGACCACUGCAAUGCCAGGCUUGUAUGCCCUUCUUAGAACACAACAUUUAAUGUAUACUUCUUUUAGAAAUCCAUAAGAAAGCAUAAACAUGCAGGGCCUGACCUUUCGGUGCUCAGAAGGUAGGGGAAGAUUCAUAUUCCCUAUAGAUCAAUUAUCUUAGGGAUUCCUUAUCUGUAUUGGCUAAUCAUUCGGAAUAGUCACAAGUUAUAAAAUUUGGUGGACAAGCA